AUGGUGAGCGCCACCGUCGCAGGCUAUAUCGUCGGGAUUAUCGGUAAUAUCACCUCUUUAUGCCUCUUUUUAUUCCCAUUACCAACAUUUUAUAAAAUCAUUAAGGACAAGGUAGUGAAGGAGUUCAACCUAGAGCUCCACCUUGCAAUAGUACUAAAUUGCAUGUUAUGGAUAUUCUAUGGAAUGCCUUUUGUUCAUCCAGACAGCGUUUUGAUCGUCACCAUUAAUAUUAUUGGCCUUGUCAUCGAACUUGCCUAUUUGGCCAUCUUUGUCUUCUUUUCUGAUUUCAGACAAAAGGCGAAAGAAAGUGGUUGUUUGUCUCGUGGGUGA